AAUCUAAUUCAAAAGAAUGGGUUUACCCUUCUAUAGAAUCUAAAAUUUUCCAACCAAAACAAAAAUUAGCAGCAACCUUUUCAAAACCAACACCUAUAACUGAGCUAAGGGAUUUAGCCACAUCAACUGAAAAAAGUUUUGCAUCACUUAACAAUGUUAGUAGUAAUGUUGCUCGAGCUACAUACUACUUUUACCAAUAUUUAAAAAAAAAUUUACAUACAGUAGCAGAGAAUGAUGGUAUUCAAGAGCUAUCAAAGGAGAAAGCACUUGAAAAAAUUAUAAACUCUACUACUGAUGUACACACAUUAGCUCGAAUAAUCACUUUCUAUGAAAUUCAAUCACAAUUCAAAAUUUCUCUUAAACAAACUCGAAUUGACUAUGACAAAUUCUACUAUCCAGAAGCUGAAAAUUUCCUAAUUAAAUAUCUUAACAUUUCUAUCCCUACUCAAUAUAAUGACACUUUUUAUGCAAACUUCAAACUUACCUGA